CUGGGUUUUUCAAUACAAUGGAGACUAUUGGAGACCUUACAAGCAGAAGGUACUCAUUGGCUGACUUAAAUAGACUAAAAGGUUGCGCAAUGCCCCAGUUUUGCCAUGAAGGCAGCAUCUGCAGCACUACGUUACACUGUAGUAGUGAUCUCUUGACAUACUACAGUAACACUACUUUAGUAGCACUACACUACACUCGCACACACCAGUAAGUUACAGCUAAAGAAAGAAGAAGGAAUGCUAAAUUAAGUGGAACAAUAUCUCUAUCAUAUCGGGCUACUCUGAGGGGGUGUCCACACAGGAAUGUUUUCAAGUCGAAAUGGCAAAGUAUUGGUCCUGGGCUUUUGUAAGGUUUUAAAGAUGGAUUUGUCCAUUAUAAAAUCCGACAACAUAAAUGUUAACUAAAAUACAUUUUGCUUAGGGCUGUCAAGCGAUUAAAAUAUUUAAUCGUGAUUCAUCGCAUGUUGUCCGUAGUUAACUCGUAAUUAAUUGCAGAUAGAAGUUUUUAUCUAUAAUAAGUGUACCUUUGACAGAUCAUUUGAAAGUUUUUAAUACACCUAUGAACAUGACAUUGGAUAAUAUUUUUGCUUAAUGCAAAUUUUUGUUUGUGAAACAUUCAGUUUUUUCUUAAAACAGCUCAACACAAAAUGGAUCUCAGUGUAUAAAGAACAAACACAAUGUAAAACAAGUACAUAUUAGUAAGGUAAACUGUCAUCAUCAUCAUCACUGAAAUAUUAUUCUCUUCAAGCAAAUAAUGUCACGAAAUAUAAUUCUGACUAACAUUACAAAUAAAGGUUUGCAAAAACCCCAACAACUAAGUGAAAUGAAAACAGGGUGUUAGAAAAAUAAAUAUUGACAACUUACAAAAAAUAGUGCUCAAGAACAGUCAGUAAUUUACAGAACUAGGACUGCACCCAUAUACUCUUUUACAGACACAUACAAACACACACACUUUUGUUAGUGUGGCGACUUCAACGACGUGGAAGUAUAACACCCCAGGUCUUCCAACAUGCAACUUUUAUUCUGUCAUCUUGACAAACACAGCAGUUCAAGCACAAAUGCUAAUAAAUUGCAAAUAAAUAAUAAUAAUAACUAUGGUGGUCACAGGAUCUUGUGAGAUUUAAACCUGACGAGAUUUCUUGUUUGGAGAAAAGUUGUCUCGCGAGAACCGGGUAGCCAGAAGCCAAUCAGACUGAACUGUUGCAUCGCUACUAUGAAUGAUAAUAAACAUAAGUGGUAGUGUGCGACCUAAUGAGGAUAAGCGCCAGAGAAAAUGGAUGGAUGGAUGGAUUAUCAUAACAGUGGUAACUUGCAUUGUUUUGUGAAUCAGUUAAAUAAAAAAGUACUUUUCUUCAAAUGAAUGUUAAAAUUUCUUCUCGUCUCGUGAGUUAGGUGUCUCCUGGCACCCUUAAUAUUAAUGCUAAUAAAGUCCCCCUUGAAUCUUUAGUGCCAUAUCAUUGAGCGCUGUGUGUGUGCUCUCUCACUUCGGCCUUUGUCACAUUGAGACAAGCCCCUAAAAUAGCUGUCCUCGGCUAUGCCUUACAGUAACUAGCUGCUUGUAACCCAAAUUUUAGGAUGCAGUUCAAAGCAAAAAAUCAGCCGAGAGACAGCUCGCAUCUCAAAAACACUUGUUAGUUGGGACACUCAUAUGCCAAGAUACCACUGUAUAAAUGACAAUAAAAAAUACCUGCAGUGCUCCAGUACCUUCUCGCGUCUCUCAGGCAUUUGUGAGCUGAUGUACCCUAUGACAACUAAACUCACAGCGACACUAACUACAAAUAAGUUUGGUCUUGUCGAGAGCAGAGAAGCUAAAUUUACCAUUCCCUUUUCUUUUUCUGUUUCUGCUGAAUAUUAAAGGUACUUUUCGUUAACUCGUUAUUAACAUGUUAACUUUGACAGCCCUAAUUUUGCUAAGAAAAUUCACUAAUAAGGUUACUUGAAUCAAAUUAAGACUAUCUGAGACUACCGACACCCACCUUGCAAAAAUAAAAAAUGGUUAAUUCCACCUGGGACUUCUGGGUUUUGUUUUCCUUUGUUUGUGCCAUUAUUUCCUGUCUCAGACUCUUAUUUUGGUAUACCCAUUUCCUGUUUUGUUCUUUAUGAGGUCACCCAGGUUGAUUAGUAAUCAGCAAUCAGCAUGAUUAUUUUGUGACUUUAAUUCUGAGCCGAGCUGCAAGCUGUCCUUUUUCCUAAAUAUGACACUUUUCGACUGCACCAGCCAACAUGUCUUUGCUUUCUAGGGUAAUGCUACAAUAAAUAAUAGCAAAGCAUAACACACCUGGUAGCACUCGGAAUGGUAAAGGUAACUUUAAGGUGUGGGUGUCAAACUCAUUUUCACCGCGGGCCACGUCACAGUUAUGGUUGCCCUCAGAGGGCCGCAACUUUGCCUGAAAUGUGUUUGUAACUGGACUGUUCAGGUUGUCAUCCAAAGCAAGGUAUCAGCAACUAGCAAUCAGUUAAUGCUCAAAGGCUUGAUACGACAUGCCCCAACCAAGACUGGUUUCACUCAUAUGUGGGGCAAAACAACAGUCGUUAAGAUGCAGUGGAGUGAGACCUUUGUCUGCCAACAACAGUCACCACCACCACAACAACAAAAAGCAAAAACUCCAGUUGCGUACAAUAUACAUUUUCUGUCGAAAUUGACAACAAAUGUCUUUAUGUACAUUUUCUCCAGGAUUUUGCAGGCCACAAAAAACGAUGUGGCGUGCCGAAUUUGGUCCCCGGGCCUUGAGUUUGACACCUGUGCUUUAAGAGUUGCUAUUGCAGCCUAUUGCUAAGUGAGUCAUUUGUAUACAGUGCUCUGACCAACGCAGCAACAUGUCCCCCACAAAGAUCAAAUCAGGCUACAAGAAAAGAGAGACAGAAGAUGGAAAAAGGUAAAAGUAGGCAGCAAAAUGCUUACGUUUUUUUUUUAAAGAAAGGUUAGUUCAGCCCAAAUCUUAAAGCACAUUAUUAUUGAAGAAAUAUCAUGUUUUUAGUCACCUGUAGGAAGGAAAUUAUAAUAGUUGUUAUCGUGUACUUUGGGGGUCAUUAACAGGCCAGCCUUUUGAUGUCCAAUAUUAUGAGCUGAAACUUAAAACUAAUUUAUGGCUUGUGAAAACACAAUUAACAAACCAUAGUAAGAUAACUUAAGAAUAGACUACAGCGUGUGUGUCUGUAGGGGACAGGAGAGGUGGGUUUAGGAUGGGGUGAGAGGACACCCUUCAGGAGACUUAUGUAUGGAAGCCCAGAUCUUGGUGCUACGCCCCUGAUGCAUGUCUUCCAAAGUAUUAUUACCACAACCCAUUUUUUCACAUGACUUUAAUUACCUUGAGAAAUAAAUGAGAAAUAAAUUAGAAAUUUAAUACUGGAAAGAACAGGCACUUCAUUAGGUGCACCUGCAAAGUCCAAUGACCCAAUGUAUCAACACAUGUAACAAUGCUUGGUUUUUGUAUUGCUCCUACAUUAACAUAUGUGAGUACUGUAUUGUAGUUUGAAGUGGUGUGGAUCUGCAUAACGGGAGAAUAAGGGGGGAAUAUAAGUAACACGUCAGUAUCUUGUAGCAGUAAGUUACCAUUGCAAAUAACAAUAAACAUAUUACAGUAUAUUGUUAAAUGUAUUCCUCUGAACUGCGCAUUAUUGUGUUUGUAACGGCAAACUUCAGUUUGAUUACCACUGCAUAAUCAGUGUGUUGGCUUUAAGGGGCCACACAAUAAAUGGUGACGUCAAACUGAUGACAGCAGUGAUGAGAUUAUGUCGAUUCCGAGGCUCCGUGAAGGCGUCAAUCGUAAACCGGGAGCAAGAAGGCGGUCCCGCUGAGCUUUUCCGGAGGGGGUGGGGUAGGAUUAUCCCAAAUCACCACUCUAAUUCUCAAUGCAAUCACGAAGUUGUAGCUUCAACUCACCUAAAGGGGACAACAUUUUGGAAGCAAAAGGUAGCUACGAUCAAGAGGUUUAUUUUUAAGUCGUGCGAGACCUAAUGCUUGUCUUUGUCCUGCAUUUUUUUAUUGAGUAAAAUAGCAAAUCGGACGUCUAUAAUGUGACAGCUGUCGUCGCGUUUGUGCUACUUUGGAAAAUAAUCCAUCCUAAUCAUUUCGGUGGACACAUGGCGAGAUUUUACUUUGCUUUAACUUUUAUUCUGGUGGGGGCGUUUUGGAGCAUCGACUGCGAGCCCCAAACUCUGUCUUCUCCCGCCACGCCGUUGAACGCAACGAUAUCAGCAUCUGUCAGCCUCCGGGAUGACGGGAGCAACACUGACAACAAUGACACCCACGCAGCCGUCGGAACCCGAAUGUCGACCCUCAUGACGCAUCUUCCUACUCUCAAAGUGGUCGUCAUUCUUACCUGCGUGUUGACAGCUGCUCUCAUAACCUGCCUGCUCGUCAAAGUGGUCAGAUCUGGGAGGAAAAUCCGUAAAACACGAAAGUAUGACAUUAUAACGACGCCAGCAGAGAGAGUGGAGAUGGCCCCACUCAACAAUGACAACGACGACGAAGACGAUUCCACUCUAUUUGAUGUCAAUUACAGGUGAAUCCACCAUGGACCAAUAUUUGACCACCUCGUUUCGUCGUGGAUCAGCUCAUGAGACGUCUCUUACUAUUUUAUGUUUGCCAAGUCUCGCCAUUGACCAUGAGCCAGCAUUUAUCAACACAUCGCGAUUGUUUUCUAACCUCUUUGUCAUGUUAAAGUCCACCGAGCAUUCUCAAACGCCACUCACCAAUUAGGCUGAUUGGGGAUGAAUUACUACAAACAUAGAACAUCUUGUUGUGGACUUGCACUCAUCAUUGUUGGCGUUCUGUCCACAUGCAACAAAAGUUCAACACACUAUAAACACAAUUUGCACACAAAUUUAACUUGACUUUUAUACCAAAUGUCAACUAACACUAACAAGUAUUUUGUGCAUAUAUACUGUGCAUAUAUACUGUGCAAGGCUCUCUGCUAUAAUAGAUGGGGUAAACCUAUAUUUUUUACUGUCCUCUGUAUUUAUAAUGUGCUGGUAUGUCGUCUGUAGCUUGCAUAUUUGAAAAGACUAUAUUUGGGUAUUUGUACCACGGUUUGCUGUGUAUGAAUGUGAUUUAUCGAUUUUUUUUCUUACUUGAUUUAAAACACUGGCCAAUGUCACGAAAGUUGAUCAUUCUAAUUUAAGGCUGGUCCGUGUGAGGUUGAGUAAUGUGCUUUUGUUUAGUUUUUUUAGUAUUCAUGAGCACAUUUAAUGAUUAAAUUCUGGGGGAAAUUAUCCAAAGAAAAUGAAUUCUGACUGUCUGAACUCUGCAUUAAAUCCUGCUCCACAAUUCACACCAUUUUUCAUAUCUUACUUAUACAAAAUAAAGCAAAAUUUGGGAAACUAUGCAAUUUGGAAUACAGACACAAAACACUCAUUUGACAACCUUUCCUUGAUCGACUCUGGGGAAAUUCAUUGAUCAAUUGUUUAUUCACUCAUUUUCUACCGCUUAUCCCGCCUAGCUUAAUUGGGUUUUAUAUAUAUAUAUAUAUAUAUAUAUAUAUAUAUAUAUAUAUAUAUAUAUAUUUAAUAGAAAAGGGAGAAUAUCUCUGAAUGUUUUAAACUCCUGUUUCCAAGCCAGGGUUGUCUUGAUCAGACUCAGUUGACAGUGCCUCUGCUGGUCGCAGCCAAGUAGUGCAACUCCAUUCUGAAUUUCUAAUGAUCCAUCAACUCCUAUGACCGUCCAUAACUCUAAUUUAACAAAAUAAUAAAUGAAAGAUCACUAAAAUAAAUAAAGGAUUUAUAUACCUGCUUGAUCUGUACAAAAGCAGCAAAAUAAUACAGUACAUGAUGCGGCCAGUGAUCUCAACUGUCACCAUAAUAAAGCAUACACUUGUAGGGCUGCAACUAAUGAUUGUUUUUUUGUCGAUUAAUCUGAAGCUUGCUUUAGUUAAGUAAUCGGUAGGUAGUAGACGGACCAAAUCAAAAUGAACCAAACGCAAUAGUUUGGUCCCCAACUAGGAGUGUAAAAUGAAUAAAAAUUUUAACCAAAUUAAUCAGUUUUCAAAUUAAUUUAUGAUUAGUCACCAUUUGCCACUAUGUGUGAAAUAUGCCCAUUUUUGUAGUAUUUUAUGAACAGUAUGUGUGUAUGAACAGCUCCAAAUAAACAGAAAAAUGAAUCAAGCUAAAAGAUACCGCAUGUCUGAAAAUGUAUUUACUUAACGUAUCUUUAAUAGUAGCAGAACAUUUGAAUCACACUUUAAAGGAAAACUGCAUUUUGUGGGGUAAUUUGGCCUAUCAUCCACAAUCCUUAUGUGAGACAUAAACAUUCUCUUUUCUGUGUGUUCUAAAGAUAGAAAAACAGAAGUAGCUCAUUAAUGCAGGUAAUGGGACACACCUAUUCCGCCUACAAAGCCUGCUAUUAAAACACCUCUAACGACAUUUUAUGGUUUUAUAUGCAUGCUGUGGCCAUGUACUAAUGGGCACAUUCAUAACACAGUAUUUUGUCGUAUUUUGGUCAUUUUAAGCUUUACCGAAACUAUCUUCCUGGACGCGUCGACUUCACAUAGCAACAUAGAAACGAACACUACACCAAGGCUACAUUCACACUGCAGGUCAGUUAUGAUUUUGUUGCAUAUAUGUGACCUAUAUCUGAUUUUUUCAUGUCAGUGUGAACAGUAAAAUUACGAUUUUUUUCCAAUGCGACCCAGGCCUCGUUCGUAUGUAGAUAUAAAUCCGAUAUGUAUCCGAUCUACUGCAGUUUGAACGGUCAGGUCGCAUAUAUCCGACCUAUAUGUCAUCGCAAGCCGUGCUUUACUGUGCGAGACUUGGAUAAAGGUACUUACCGAUGUUGGCAAAAAUUGAAAAAUGAUUUAAAAAAUGUGUCAGUGAAGCGGCUCACGGCAAUGUCCCACUACUCCCGCCACCCACAUAGGUGCGUCCCAUUACAUACAUUCUUAGCUGACUCUUUUUACCUGUUUUUAUAUCUUUAGAACGCACUGAAAAGAGAAAGACGUGUGCUCAUGUCUCACAUAAGGAUUGUGGAGGAUGGGCAAAAUUCAGUUGAAAUUCAAGGUCAGUGCAGUUAUCCUUUAACAGCGUUAUAUGAGCCAUGAAGGGUUGAAUUCACAUGUUUUGGGUACUCUUUUCCUUUGUUUGUCUGUUUAUUCAGACCACACAUACAAGCAUAAGGCAUAAUAAACACAUUGUUGUGAUUUUCAGAGUCAGUGAAUGCACCUCUCUGUUGUCUAGUCACAAUGAGGAAGUGUCUUUCCCAGGACGAGUUGACUAGAGAUGUUUGUGAGUUGGAGGUACAUAUAAUAUAUGGUGUUGGAAUUGCACUGCUGUUGAUGUGUUCAGGUCAGAAUAAAGUUAUUAAAGAGCGGUAGACUAUGUGUGACUUUGUGGGACACUAUUGUGGCUCCAACAAGAUGCGCAUGCAUUGAUGACGCUAAAAAUGUGAAAGUAAUUAAAUUAGUCAAUGCGCCAUUGUGGACAGCGCUAUCCGCAAGAUAUCAGAAAAGAGGCAAACAUGUUAAUGACUGUUUUCUAAAGUCAGAGAUGAUGUGUGUGUGAAUAUCUUGUUUUGCCUAAAACACAAAGACAGUAGGUCGGCAUUCAUGGAUGGCUAAGGAAAUUAAAAAAUAUUAACAUUUGAGAGACAAAAAUCAGAGGAUAUUUACAUUUUUAAAUAAAAAAUGAUUAACUGAAUAUCAAGAUAGAUCCUGAUUAAUCAUCGAUUAACUGUUCCAGCGCUCUGCACUAGAUGUGUUCCCCACAACCAACCAGAAAAGAAUAGCUGCUUUGUUAAAUACCAUAUUCAUGUAGAAGGAUUGACAUCAUCAACCACUGGGAGCUAAGGUUCUGCAAAGAUCUUUUAAUAAGUGACCUUCUGGUUUCGUUCCAACUGUUAUUCACAUUGAUCUUGUUUUCAGUCACAUCUUUCCUGGAGGACCAAUACUUUUUUGUUGUUUUUUACCCAACACCAUUGCAGUAGUUUUAUUUUCAGUUUUUAACAUACAAACAGAUUUGAAAGUGAAAGUUUGAGACCGGUGUUUUACAUCCUGUUCAUUGGUGGUACAUGAUGUAUUUUCAGUGUACAAGGUUGCCGUUUAUCCCAGGAUUGCAUCAUAGCUAAAUGUUUAUCCAGUGAAAUUUGAUUGCGUCCACCUACUAUUCCUCCUGUAAAAUAACUCAGUAUAAUUGUGUGAGCUAUUCAAAGAGUCUCGCUUAUUUCCUUAGGCCUAUUU